AUGGCCACGGCAAUGGAUGACAAUAAUUUAAGAGAAACUGGAAUCGCUUCAAAAACAUCGUCAGUAUCAAAGAAACUUGAAAUUGAUGAGGUGCCGGAUUAUAAUGAAGCAUUUCCUCAAUUGAUAUCUGCUGCUGGACAUGUUGAUAUUAAUCGUUCGAAUACGUUUUUUUCAACAUCAUUUCCAUCUUCAUCAUCAAAUGGAAAUAAUUCAACAGGUGCCAUGGGUAAUACAACAACAUCAUUAUUUUCAACAGCUAAAGCUGAUGAAGACCGACGUCGUAAAAUGGCUAUUCAUGCAUCAUCAGUCACAACUAAAAUUAUUGAAAUUCCUCCAGAGGAACGUGCCUUGGAUAAUAGUGGUCGCCGUACAGGUAACCAAUCAUCACGCAAUGCUGGUGCUAAUAAUAAUAAUAGUGGACAAACAAUACAAAAGCUUUGUGCUCGAAUUCAAAAAGAAACCUCUACAAAUAUAACGUUUCUUUAUAAAGAUCAAACAUUAAUAGUGACAAUCACAGGUCGACCGGAACAUGUACGCGCAGCACAAGUACAAAUUGUUCGCGAAAUUCAAAGACCGGUUCAACUAUCAGUUAAUGUCCCAUUAGAUUUUCAUCGCUUUAUAAUUGGUCCAAAAGGUGCAACAUUAAAACAAUUAGAACAAGAAACAUUAACACGUAUUACAGUACCGCCACAAGAUAAACCAUCAAAUGCAAUAACUGUUUUAGGUGCAAAAGAUAAUGUUAAAUUAUGUGAACACAGAAUUCUUGAAUUAUAUCAUACACAAUUUAAUAAAGGCUUUGAACGUCUAUCAAUUCCAUAUUUAUAUCAUCCAUGGAUACGUAAUUUACUUGUUGAGGAUUUACAUCGUCAAUUGAAUGUAACUGUCGAUUUACCACCACCAAUUAAACAAACCGAUGAAAUAACAGUACGUGGUGAACGUGAAUCAGUUGAACAAGCUAAAGCAAAAAUUCUUCAAUUUUAUAAAUCUUUGGAAGGAAAAAUAAUGACAUUUCCUCUUGAAAUACCGUGUGAACAACAUCGUUUUAUAUUAGGCAAGAAAGCUGCUAAUUUAAAGGAAAUUUUCGAUAAAACAAAUGUUAUUGUUCGUGUACCAAAUCAAGAAGAACAAUCAACAACUAUUCAAGUCAUGGGUGAAACAGCUAAAAUUGGUGAAGCUAUCACAAUGAUUUAUAAAAUGGCUAAUGCAGUAACUGCCGCCCAUAUCGAUGCACCACGUUGGAUGCAAAGUGCUGUUAAAGGCGAACGUAAAAUUGAUCUGGAUAGUUUACGAAAAACUUAUCCAAAUGUACGAAUAUCAUUUCGUGAUGAUCAUAUUGCAGUCGAAGGACCACCAGAAGAAGCUGAACACGUACGAAGUCAAAUACAAGCAGUUGUUGAGGAAUAUAAAACUAAAAACACGACUUAUGCAGAAAUGGAAAUCGAUCCACAACAUUAUAAACAAUUAAUUGGAAAAAGUCAAGCGCGUUUACAUGAAAUGCAAGAACAAACUGGAUGUGAUAUUAAGUUUCCAUUUGAGGAUGGUCGAUUAGUUAAAUUAAUUGGUACAAAAGAAAGUGUAGAAAAAGCACAACAAUUAUUAACUGAACGAGUGAAAAAAUUGGCAAACGAACGAACAACUGAUCUAACAAUUGAUCCUCAAUAUUAUCCACAAAUAAUAGGUGCAAAAGGAAAGAAUUUAGAAGAAGUUCGUUCAAAAUUUCAUAAUAUACAAAUAACAUUUCCCGAAGCAAACGGCAAAAGUGAUAAAGUUAAAAUACAUGGUGAUAAAGAUGAAGUUGAAAAAUGUUCAAAAAUUCUACAACAAAAAAUCAAAGAUCUUUAUUCAACAGAAAUCGAUGUGCCAAAACGUUUGUAUCCAAUGUUAAUUGGUAAAGGUGGUGCGAAUAUUCAACGAUUACGUGAAAAAAUCCCCGAUGUACGAAUUGAUAUUCCGUCCAUCGACGAUAAUAAAGACUCAACACAUAUUCGUUUAAGUGGUAAAAAACCAGAUGUUGACAAAGGACGAAAAGUACUUGAAGAACAUAUUAAUCAAAUCAAUACAUCAAUGGAAAAUUCCAUUGAACAACACAUUACAAUUGAUCCUAAGUGGCAUAGUCGAUUUUUUCAAAAUCGUCGUAAAUUAUUAACUGAUUUACAACAACAAUAUGGUGAAAUGUUAAUUAAAUUGCCCGAACGUAGCUUAAAUUCCGAUCAGGUUUUAUUACGUGGGCCAAAGGAAGUUCUCGAACAAGUUCGAAAACGUUUAGAAGAAUUAAUCGAUACAUGGGAAAAUACAAUCACGAAAGAAAUGACAAUACCACAUCGUCAUCAUGGCUAUUUACUUGCACAAGGUGGCACAUAUAUUCAACCGAUACAAAAAGAAUAUAAUGUUCAAAUUAAAUUUCCACCACGUGGAAACAAUCAAAAAGAGGAACAAGAACCAACAACAACAGCAACACCAACAACAGCAGCUGAAGAUGAAAAACAAAAAGAUACUAUCCGUUUAAUUGGUCGUUCGGAAGAUAUUGAUAAAGCCAUGGAAGCACUAGAAAAAAUGAUCCCAGCCGAAAGCUCAGUUGAUAUUCCGUUCGAAGCACAUGGUAUGCUAGUUGGUAAAAGUGGUAGCAAUUUACAAUUAUUAACUAAAAAAUAUCCCGAUGUUCAUGUUACAUUUCCACCUCCAAAUUCAUCACAAAAUACUAUACAAUUAAAAGGUCAACAAGAACAAGUUGAAGGUAUUAAAAAUGAACUAGUUGAAAUCUAUGAAAAAUAUCAAGUCGAUAAACAAGCUCGUUCACAUGAAAUACGUUUUACCAUUAAACCUCAAUAUCGUUCAUUGAUAUUUGGCUUUCGUGGUAAAACAAUCAGUAAUUUACGACAAAAACAUGAUGUUAGAAUCGAUGUUAGUAAUAAUCAACCAGCAACCGCUGUACCAACAUCCGCUGAUAAUGAGGAUGAAAAUAAUAAAGAAGAACAAGUAGAACAACAACAGAAAGACGAUCAACAAACAACAUCACAAGAAGAUACUUCAGUAUCCAAUGAUACAAAUGAUUCGUCCGAUAUUGAAAUAGUUGUAACUGGUUAUGAAGAUAAAAUUGGCGCAUGUCGAGAUGAUAUUUUACAAUUAAUUAAAGAUUUUGAAGCUAAAAUAACAAUGGAAGUUGAAAUUGAUCCACGUAUACAUUCACGUAUAAUUGGUUCAGGUGGACUAAAAUUACAACAAAUUACAAAAGAAUAUGAAGUUGAAAUUAAAUUUCAAGCUCAUAAUCAACCCGAUAAAGUACAUGUUAUUGGUUUAGACCAAGAUAAAAUUGAUGCUUGUAUUGAUCAUUUAUUAUUAUUAGAAGAAGAUUUUCUUCAAGAUCUUCCAUAUCGAGCACCGAAUGUGAAAAUUCAAAAUGAGUCAUCAGGUCAACAAUCAACAAAUACUCAACAACAACAACAACAACAACAACAACAACAACAAGAAACACCAGCUGUUAGUAAUGUUAAAGUAAUCAAUAGAAAUAAAAAACAAAAUCAACAACAACAAGCCCCAUUUCAAGUUAAAAAUGCACCAUGGACUAAUGGAAAAGAACAUGGAAAUGAACAUCAAUCCAGUGAUCAUUCACGACAACGUAAUGGACAUGAUAAUUCAACGAAAAUAUCAACAUCUAUGGCACCUAAACUAGAUGAUCUGGGCGAAUAUCCAUCAAUCAGUAAUGGGCUUCCAUUAGCAGCAAAUGAUAAUUCAUCGCAAGUGCAACAAACAACAGUGAAUACAGUACCAGUUAUCUGGGGUCCUCAAAAACGAAACAAAUAA